UAUCGAUUUAUUUUCCUGUCCCAUCUUCCAUUGCUUUUUUUUUACCACGAAUAAGUCGACUGUCGUAAAAGGAUUUGGACAUUUGGAAUGCUAUCGUAGCCAGGGGUUGUCGUUAUCUAUUCGAUAACACUGUUAUCCUCCGGUUGGGAUGCCAUCAUUCAGUUGAUCACAUUUUGUGUAAGAGAAACCAUGUGGCCAUCAAGGUAUCAUAUUUUCAUCUUCAUCGUUCACCUCUCUUCAGCAGCCAGCUAUAAAUGUGAUCGUACCGCACGGGUCUGUGAAACCUCCCUCACCGUGCAGCACUACCUCACAAUGACUCACCCAGUGAAUUCAACAGUGUACCCCUCCCGGGGAGAACUCUAUGACUACAGGGUUACCGAUCCUUCUACGUCAGCUACGGUACCUGUCGAUGACGUCAUCACGGCGGAUGGAUGGGAGGCGAAACGACUUGUAAUCGUUGUCAAUCGAACGCUUCCUGGACCGGAUAUUGUCGUCUAUGAAGGUCAAACGUUGAUUGUCCACGUCACAAACAGUUUGGCAUCUGAUUCCGUCACUAUUCAUUGGCACGGAUUGCAUCAGACGGGGACCCCUUACAUGGAUGGUGUUCCCUUUGUGACGCAAUGUCCAAUCGCAGCCGGACAAACGUUUACGUACGAGUUUCAAGCGUACCCAUCGGGUACUUUUUGGUACCAUUCUCACGUCGGAUCUCAACGCACAAAAGGAAUGUUUGGAGCUUUAAUAAUUUUAAAGAAUGAAACGAAUCCUAUUCCAGAGCAUAUCUUACAGAUUCAGGAAUGGAAUCACAAUUGGGAUUCGGAUUACGGAUUCGAAAUGAUGGUAUAUGGCUUAGUGGAAAACAGAACACAAUUUAUUCCAUCGGAAAGUGUGGAUGGGACUUUAUUCAGUCUUUUAAAGGCACAUUCUGGUUUGAUCAACGGCAGAGGACGCUACUACUUCAACUAUGAAACUGGUUCUCAUAACGAGGCUCCAUUAACAGUCUACAAAGUCAAACAAGGGAGUGUAUACCGAUUUCGAGCUAUAGGAGUCGGGGCCCUUUAUCCGUUUAGAGUUUCCGUGGAUGGUCAUAUGAUCACUGUUAUAGAAUCGGAUGGGUUCCCGAUACAGCCAGUGACUGUCGAAUCGUUUAUCAUUAACCCUGGGGAGCGGUACGACUUCACAUUGGUUGCAAACCAGACCAUAGGAAAUUAUUGGAUCCGUGGUAGGACCUUGGAGACGAAUCGGGUCACCAUUGCAGAGGCAAUCUUACGAUAUGAUACCGCGCCGGAGAAUGAUCCAGUUACUACAAGAAAAGACUGUAAGGUCGGAGACGUCUGCCUGGUUUUGAAUUGUCCAUUUCAGUUCUAUCCUGCAAGUGAAAACAUAAAGUGUAUCUUUUUUGAUCAGUUGAGGUCAACAGUCCCGAAUGACCCUGCACCGGAAGUUGUUAAGGGGAGAUUUUCAGAGUAUUUCUUGAAUUUCUUUUCAGAGGGAAUGGUGAAUGGUAAAAUGUUUAAAUUUCCUUCCGUUGCAGCAUUAUCACAACCAUCGGCGAUAACUACGCAAUGCGAAAAAUGUAAAGGUAUGAAGAUGAUGCAAAUGUGUAUGUGUACACAUACGUUAAAUUUGGAUGCAGACGACACAGUUCAGAUAGUCCUCUCAAACAUUGGAUCUCAGGCAGGCAUGUCCCAUCCUAUUCAUAUGCAUGGACAUUCAUUUUACGUCUUAAAAACAGGAUUUGGAAAAUACAACGCAACAACCGGAAGGUUCCUUUCACAAACUGAAGAUCUUGCAUGUUUGGGAAGUUUACCCAAAGAGCAAAACAUGUGUGAUGAAGUCAUUUGGGCUAACCAGUCCUGGAGAAAUGGAAAUAUUCCUGGUUUGGAGCUAAACAAUCCUCCACGUAAAGAUACGAUUACCAUUCCGGGUGGAGGCUAUGUGGUGAUUCGAAUCAAGGCGAAUAACCCAGGUCUGUGGUUCCUGCAUUGCCACAUCGAGUUCCACGCUACUCACGGAAUGGGCCUGCUGCUUAAUGAAUCAUUUGCCAACGUUCCAAAGGCUCCCCCAGGUUUUCCAACAUGUGGCAAUUUUGAGAAGGUUUCUUCUGCUAACGUUGAUUCAAAAGAAACAAACGUUUUCACGGCUGAUACUCUUUUCUCAGGUAACAUAUCCGUCACCAUAUUUUGGAUCGUGGUCGGAGUUUCGGCUGCCGUGAUCCUCUCCCUUAUAGUCGCCCUCGUCAUUGUACUACGCUCCUCCAGAAAGGCGAAAACCAAAGGAAGCUUCGAAGCCGUGGCCUGUUACCACGCUGAGCCACGAUGACGUCAUUAACUGCUAGUUUUAGGAUAUUAUUUUUAAUUGUCGUGCGUGCUGUAUACACCAUAAAGUAUACAUGCAUGCACCAGUUAUUACUCAAUACCUCAUACACAUAAAUAAUAAAAUAAUCAGUACAACAGAUGUCAUGAAUUGUAGAAUAUAAAUUUAUUUUUUUCUUUGCGAGGAUGAUAUCAUUAAAAGAUUGGGGCGGAAUACGAUUUUUUCCGCAAAAGUCAAAUAAAGAUUGUGUGCUGGAUAGCCCCCCAAAACAUUUUUGGUAACUUAAUUAACAGACUGUAUGAAUCCAGUUUUGGGGGAUGGGGCAGGAAGAUCCUAUGAUUGACCCUAUCUAGAUCUGAGAAGAGAUGUUUGGAUCUCCUGUCGAUUUUGUCCAUAUUUGAUCCAUAUAAUAAUUUCAGAUUUUUUGUAAGUUCUUCAGAUACUAUGCUUCCUAUCAAUCUAUACAUAUUUUUAUAAGUAAAAAAAAAAAAUAAAUACCAAAAGCGUAAGGAGACGACAUGAAAGAAAUAUGAAUGAGAAAAGUUGGGCAUAAAAUCCUUACGACAGGUUCUUGUGCUUUUAGACCAUUUGUUUCAUCAGCGUCGAUAAGUAUGAUGUACGCCUAAUAGGGUGUAUACAGUAAGGUCUGGCUGCGUUUUACAAAAGAACUUGCAACAAAGUUGUAUAUAUUUUGAGUCUUACGGAAUGCUCUGUUAGGCCUAAAAAAAAAAAGUUGUGUGUUUAGGGUAACCCGACCUAACCUACAAAAAUGCCCCGAUCCUGAUGUCUGUUUUUCUCCGAUUGUGAAUUUUAUAUUAUUUCUAUUUAAAAAUCUGUUUUUAAAUAUGACAGAAACAAACAUUCUUAGGAUUCAUGCAAAGAAAAAUAUAAAAUUAAAAAAAAUCCCUACCUACCUAAUUUUUCAUCAGUGUUACCCUAAACACACAUUUUUUUUAUAGACCUUAUGAACAAAAUUGAUAUUAAACCAUUUCUUUACAACUAUUUUGAUUUGAAUAAUUAUAUUUCACAGUCAUUAAAUUGAAACAUUGAUUAGUUUAUGAUUAAUAACAACAACUUAUGUUAUAAUUGUUGUUUCUUCACUUGUAUUUGUUUCUCCCAUGAUUUCAUGGGCUUCUAUUUAUGACUUAGUUUGUUUACCAAUAAAUUGAUUGUUGUUAUACUUAAUGGAUUAAUAUUU